AUGGAAACUGCGAUGCAAGAACCGUCCAAUCCGACCAAACCCGUCCAACUGCCAAAACCACAACAGCAACAGGAACAACAGAAUCAACAGAAGCAGCAGCAACAGCAGGAAGAUGAUUCACGAAAUCAGCAGGUGUUUUAUAAAGCCCAGAAGCUACUUGAAUUAUCUGUGACUGGCGUGAAGGCUGUUAUAACUGCGGAGGACCUGAAGACCCACUUUGCCCGCUUUGGGGAUCUGGUUGAAGUGGAUUUGUUUAUAAAUCCCACGAUAAACAAACACAAUGGAAGUGGCUACAUCAGGCUGCGGCCGACAGCAGAUACCAACCACAUCCUCAAAACGGAGCACAUUGUAUGCGGUGUUCCUAUCAAUGUUAAGGAGCGUUCUGCCUCCGAUGAUUCAGAACGAAACUCAGUAUGCCCAUCUCUCGAAUCUGCGAACGUUCAGUGGGAAGAGGAGGAGAAGAUGAAAAACCCUGACAUCGCUACCGGACCAACUAUUUUUGUAGGCGGUAUCGGGAGAAAACUAUCUUCGGAAGCCGUCAGGGAGUACUUUUCACGUUUCGGAUGUGUUACGAAAGUGAGACGAGCUGUCGUGCCCUCUAAUGGGAGACAACUUGCCUAUGGAUUCGUCACCUUUGCCAAGAAUACUGAUAUUAGCUUGAUUCUGGCCUCGAAACGACACAAUGUCGAGGGUUGGGACGUCGAAAGCGCACAUGAUCUCAAAAUUGGCCAGUUUGUACUGCCUAACAUGCCCGGGUGA